UCUUAAUAUAAUCUGGCAACAUUGUUUAUUUCCCAGUGGUAAUUUCCACACGUCAGGUUUGACAGUUCAAAUACAUCUUUGAAAGUCAACAGCCUAUGUCUUGUGGUGUUUAAGAUAUUGAGCUAAAUAUUGUUAAAGUCUUAGUGAUUGGCACCUUUGUGAUACGAUAUUUAAGGAGGUGUAAUACAACUAAAAAGGUUGAGUCAGUACAAGAAAACGUUGUACUGACCGUUUGAUCGUUUUGCUGUUUUUGGAAAAAGUGUUGCUAUGAAACUAAGAGAAGUGGACAAAAGGCAAAGUCUAAUUGCAGAAAAAAUAAUCAACGAUGUAAUAUUCGAGGCUGAACUGGGCGGCCUUACACUGCAACAUAGAUGCGUUAACAUGCAGGAAAUGUAUAAUGCAAGAAAUCCUAACAUGCAGCAAUGCCAGCUACUUAUACUGCCUUGCCAGUCGGCUUCCAAUUCUACAUCAUAUUCGUCCUCUCCCAGCUUUAUUAGUACCCCUGCUACAAAUUGUCAAUUCCAACAAAACAAUUCAACAAUCCAACAACAACUGUCUUCUGAUGAUGUAGUGAUUGAACAAUACAUCUGCUGUUUCUUAUUUUACCAACUUCACAGACGAUCAAGUGGCAAAAGAAUUUUAAAAUCCCCUUAGAUAAAAAAAACUCCCACAGAAAAAGAGCAAAAAAGGCUUUUUUUCUACUUUUGAGGUUAUGUAAACCCGCAAAUUAUUUAAUUCUUAAAAACGUAUACAUGUACAAUGUACAUUUUCAAGAAUAAAAAACCUAAGGUGCACAAAAACCCUAUUUUUGCCAACUCUUAAGGUUAUGUACACCCGCAGACUUUUUUUUAAAUUCUUGACAAUGUACAUUUAGGCUCCUAAAGUACAAAUCAUCAUCUGUCAAAUAAUGCCGUUAUUAACCCUACAAUGCAUCAUGUAGCAUAUCUGCUACAUGAAGAAUUCUAGUAUUCUAAUAUUGAAGAAUUCUAUUUUCAUUAAAUGUUUUAUGAUACACCUAAGGGUAAAAACACACGAGGCUGUUUGCAAGCGGUUUGCGCCGCGACGGUUGUCGCGCCGUGGUCAUGUCAAGGUUAUGUACACCCGCAGAUUUUUUUUUAAAUUCUUGACAACUUACAUUCAGGCUCCUAAAGUACAAAUCAUCAUCUGUCAAAUAAUGCCGUUAUUAACCCUACAAUGCAUCAUGUAGCAUAUCUGCUACAUGAAGAAUUCUAGUAUUCUAAUAUUGAAGAAUUCUAUUUUCAUUAAAUGUUUUAUGAUACACCUAAAUGCAUAGUGUAGCAUACUAUAUACACACUUCAAAUCGGGUUUCGCUUUGCUGGCAAUAGAUGGCGCAGCAAGUACAGAAUUUUAAUUCUAAUGUCAGCUGUGUUGUUUUGGCGGUUGGUGUGUGUGUCUGACGUAGUAAAUUUGUGUUUUUUUGAACAUUUGAAGCGGUUUUGGCAGACAAACUCGAUAAAUUUGGUAAAUUAGGUGAGUAUUCAAACUAUUUGUUAUAUCAGUGCGUAUCCAGAAUUCAUAAAAAUAAAUUACCGGGUUUUCUAAUAAAAUGUAGCAAAUAUGCUACAACAUGCAUUUUAUGAUUUUUUUUAAUCUCAGGGCGAUGGACAAAAAAAAGGGAUUUUCGAAAACCUUUGACAAUCCAGGAGUUGAAAAAGUUGGCAGAACGUUUUCUUGAAAGUGACGAUGAUCUGGAAGAAUUGGACGAAGAUAAUUUAAGUGAAAACGUUGAUAAUUGCUUAGAAUUGGCUGCUCAAAAGUUUCAAGAUCCUGUGGAUUACGCCAAUUUGGACAUUGAAAAUACUCCAAUUAUUUUUGAGCAUGAACUAGAUGGUGUAGAACUAACCAAUUCGAACGUUGAAAAUAAUAAUGAGGCAGAUAUUGUCGACGAAAUAAUACCUGAGAAUGAAGACGCGAACGGUACAGAAGAAAAUAUAUUUACACUGGAUAAAGACGCAUUCAAAUCUAUUUGCUGGAAGCAAGCAUCUUUUGAACAAAAUGUUCAAGGUACAACAUUUAGAGGUGAUGAAAAUCUUCCAACAAAUAUAAUGGAGUUAUCAACACCCUAUCAGUUCUUCAGGUAAAACCUAAUAAGUCAAUUAUUCCUUUUGCAGUUUAGUAUGUAAUUUGUUGAUUUUUUUUUCAGAUACUUUUUUACCGAUGAGCUAUUUGAGAAAAUCACUGAAGAAUCGAACCUCUCCAGCAAUCAAAAAAUAUUUCGAAACCGGCAAAUAUAACGACUGGAGAAAUAAAGAAGUACAUUGCUAUCUGCAUUUAUAUGUCGGUAAUAAAUAUGUCAAAUAUCAGAAGAUACUGGUCUGAGGAAUAUGAAUCAAAAAUAAAAAACACCAUGAGUAUCAAUCGAUUUGAAAAAAUUUGUGAAAUGCUACACUUCAAUGAUAACACGAAAAUGCUUCCUAAAGAUCAUGCGGAUCAUGAUCGUCUGCAUAAAUUGAGGCCAGUUAUCGACUCUUUGAACAAAACGUUCCAAACUGUUCCAUUUGAAAAGUGUCUAUCUGUAGAUGAGCAAAUGUGUGCAACAAAGGCCCGACACUACAUGAAACAGUACAUGUCUUUAAAGCCUCACAAGUGGGGCUAUAAAUUAUAUGUUUUAUCUGGUGUUACGGGAUAUGCGUACCAAUUUGAAAUAUACUCGGGCCAAGAAAAUUUUGAGAAAUACCGUUUUCCAAAUGAGCCUGACCUUGGGGCUUCAGCAAACGUUGUUAUACGCUUGUGCCGGUCAAUUCCCAAAAACUGCAAUUAUAUUGUCUAUUUUGAUAAUUAUUAUACAGGAAUUCCUCUGAUGUCAUAUUUAUUCUCAAAUGGCAUUCUUUCGCUAGGAACAGUGAGACGGAAUCGUUUGCCCAACUGCAAAUUUUCUAGUGAUACUGUUUUCAAAAAAAAAACGCGAGGUUCUUUCGAAGAAUAUGUAACUUCUUUUCAAAAUACUGCUUUUGCCUCAGUUUUAUGGCUGGAUAAUAAAGCAGUCACAUUACUUUCUACAUACAUGGGUUCUUCUCCAGUUCAAGAAGUGAAAAGGUUUGAUAAAAAAGAGAAAAAACGAGUGGAAGUAUCAUGUCCAAACUUAGUGUUAGAAUAUAACAAACAUAUGGGCGGAGUCGAUCUUUUAGAUAGUAUUUUAGGGCGUUACAAAAUCUCAAUGAGAACCAGAAAAUGGUACUGCAGAAUUUUUUAUCAUUUAGUUGACAUUACCAUCAUCAACGCAUGGCUUUUCUAUCGGAGGGUAGAGAGGCAAAUAGGAACCACAGCCACAAUGUCAAUGGAAAAAUUUCGUGCUGAAAUCGCCAAUUGUCUGUGCAACGUUGGGCAGAAUGAUUCAAAAAAGAGGGGAAGGCCAUCUUCUUCACUUAACCGAAAUUUAGAACAGAAAAAGAAAAAAUCAUCUUCAACCGCAAUUUCUCCAAAAGAUGUAAGAACUGACAACUUUGGUCACAUUCCGAACUGGAGUAAUACCAGGCAACGAUGUAAAAUACCCGGCUGCAAAGGAUUUUCUUUUAUUUUUUGUGAAAAAUGCAAAGUUCACCUAUGUUUGAAUAAAAAUAAAAAUUGUUUUGGUAACUUCCAUCAAUAAACUGUUAAGACCAUUUUUCCUUUUUUUUUGUAUCAUAAGUGCGUGUUGUAGCAUAUGUGAUACAUUCAAACAAAAUUAAAAAAAUAUAUAAUAAAAAAACAAAAGAUUUUUUUAAAUAUUUUUUACCCAUUCACAGCACUAAUACCUAACCAAAAAUAUUUUUUUGAAAUAAAUUUAAAAAAU